CGAACACGUUUGCAAGCCUCGAUUACUACAGCUAAGGUUCUUCUACGGCAAGGAGUGUCAUUUCAUGGGCAUGAUGAAAGUGAAUUCUCAGAAAACAGAGGAAACUUUUUUGAAUUUUUGGAAGUUAUUGCUAAUGAGAAUCCGGAUGUGCGCAGUGUUGUGUUGGAAAAUGCUCCAAAAAAUCAUCAAUUGACAUCUCCAAAGAUUCAAAAAGAUAUUGUUCGUGCAAUAGCAUCUCUAACAACAAAGGAGAUUAUCAAAGAUCUUGGAGAUGCAUUUUUUUGCAUAUUGGUGGAUGAAUCUCGUGAUGUAUCAACCAAAGAGAAGAUGGCUAUUGCUAUAUGUUAUGUGGAUAAAAAAGGUCGUACUAUAGAGAGAUUUCUCGGUAUUUCUCAUGUCACUGAUACCAAAGCCACUACACUUAAGAAGGAGAUUGAGUCAAUGAUUGGGUUACAUGGAUUGAGUUUGUCAAGGAUAAGGGGGCAGGGAUAUGAUGGAGCUAGCAAUAUGAGAGGAGAAAUCAACGGGUUGAAAUCUUUAAUUCUGGAAGAGAAUCCAUCUGCUCAUUAUAUUCAUUGCUUUGCUCACCAACUUCAGUUAACACUAGUUGCUGUUGCGAGAAAUCAUGGGGAAGUCAACCGCUUCUUUGGUCAUGUCAUUGCCUUGAUUAAUUUGAUUGGAGGAUCUCCCAGACGACGUGCAAGUCUUCGAGACAGCCAAUCCACUAAAGUAAUUGAGGCUAUAGCUAGUGGUGAACGAGAGAGUGGAAGAGGGUUGAAUCAAGAAGUAGGUCUUAAAAGGCCGGGAGAUACUCGUGGGGAUCACAUUUUGGUACUCUUAUUAACCUGA